AUGUAUCCAAGAUUUAGAUGUUCCGUUUACGGUGGCACAAAUUGGUCAUGGAGAGACCAUCCGAAUUUUAAUGUUCGUGAAAACAUUAAACCCCAUACUCUUGCUACUGGUACAACCAAUGAAUUACAGGAAUUUGUAAUGAAAUUUAUACCUAAAAGCAGGGAUUUAAAUAAACUUUUAUGGAAAAUUUGUUUAUUUAUGGACUUGAUGAAGGAAAGAUUAGCCAAUCUAUUAAUUGAAUGGACCAAUGAUGAUAAUUAUGAGAGAAUAAAACCAACUAAAAUGUUUAAAGAAAAAGCAUCAAUCCGUCCUUUGCUUUUAAAUUUUCCUGCCGCAAUCAACUUUUUCUUACUUAAUAUAGGGCUUCAGAUGAGGAUAUAUAAUAAAGAGUUAGUUUAUGAUUUUGAAAUUUCUGACAUCUCGUUAAUGAGAAAAGCAUUUAAUAAUGAUUUAAUGGGAAUAUUCACAUUUUAUGACAUUCUUUUUAAUUCAAACUUUGAUUUACAGGUGACUAUAAUUUAUCGUGCCAUACGUAGAUAUUUUGUUGAAAUUGAUCGUGUUUUAGAUGAUGAACUAAUGCUAUAUAUACCAAUCUCAAUGCGGUCUUCUGAAAAUAGAUCUAUAAAUAUUGUAUCACUUUUUUCACCCUUAAAAGAUCUCAAUAUGCAAAAGGAAUUAAAACAAGUUCAUGAAGGGAUUUAUCAAUUACAAGAAGAUAAAAUUGCUUCAAUAUUCUCGUAUUUAGUUGAGCAUCGUCAAAAUUGUCGAAUGUUUGAAUUCAAGUCACCAAAUUCUCAACCAAGUACAAAACGUUUUUCAAUGCCUUGUUACAGAAUAAUCAUAAAUGUCCUUGGAAUGUUACGUCUAUCAAUAUUAGCGGGACAACAAGUAGAAAAAGCUGUUAUUAUAUUACCUCAACCUGACCCUGGCUCAUUUGGAAUUAUUAUUAUUAAAUAUCGAAAAAUUAAUGUAUCCGUUGUAAACAAUAAAAUGCCUGAUUAUAAAUACUGUAUUUCUAAUAGAGUUGUCCAGUUAGUGAAUAAUGAAUUUGAAACAUAA